AUGAACAGUAUGUCUGACGGGAAGAAACAGGCGGCUGCCUUCUUGGCAGGCUUUACUUCUUCUCAGCUAUUCAUUCUCAUGGUUUCUUCUGGGAGUUAUGCGGUGGACAGGUUUAUGCUUCCUAGGAGUUGCAUAGGAUUAUAUAUUAACAGGACCAUUAUUGCAUUCAGGCUGUCUACAUUCAUUGGAUCACUUCUUCUUAAUAUACCAGUACUUAGCAUUGAGGAAUUUAAAAAGCGUCUUGACAUUGUUUCUACGGUAUCCAUUUGGUUAUAUUGUCUAUCCUUCCUAGCUCUGCUACUGAUAUAUUACAAUGGAGGGAAAAAGGGACACAUUAUGUACUACUACUGUGCGAUCAUUUUCGCAUCGAUUGUAUACGGUUCAAAUAACGUCUGUCUUCCGGCAGUAAUAGGGAAGGAUAUGCCCUUUUACGUAGGUUCUAUCCAGUUAUCUGCUGUCAUGGUUUCCGCUUACCAGUUUUUGUUCACAAAGAUUGCAAAGGCAUGGAUGGUCACAAAUAUUCCAUACAAAUUAAUUGUCGGACAAUUAUCACUUGUAGUGUUUGUAUCUGGGAUAUCUGCAAUAUUGUGGUCAGUUGCAUAUACAGGGGAAGCACUUGAGGCAAAGGGCGGUAGUUUCUCUGGAAUAGGUAAGGCGAUAUCUCCAAUUAUGUUGACUACUUUGGGAUUUGGAAUGCAAAAUCUAUUUUACCCUGCCAUAGCUCCUUAUAAAUUUAUUGGAAUGGGUCCUGGUUCUAAGAUUUCAAUGGCUGUCUUAUUCACAAGUACAAUACCGGGCCUUACUAUCUUCGCUGUGUCUCAGUAUAGUAAAGGAUGUGGUCCAAACAGUAAAUGGGAUGAAACACAUUGGCAUGAAGCCUGGAUGUUUUAUGUCUUGGAACUAUUUCUUGGACUGUUGUUCUUUCUGUCUUUGCAUUAUCCAGGGGUCUCAGAAUUUUUUGGUAUGAAAAGUGGCUGCAUGAUUGCUGUUUUUACAAUAUUAUAUGAUUGGUGCGUUCAGACGACUAGGGCCGCUGGGAUGGGUGGAGCUGCUAUGCAAGAAGGAAGUAGCAAUCCAGCUAUGGCUACUGUUAAUGCCUUUGGAUUUUCUUUGGCCAUGCUAAGUUUUGCAUUCAUGGGCAAUGGAUACCUUGUUACAUAUAAACAGGCUGAACAAGAUAGGGACAACUGGCCUACCAAACACUUUACCACAAAAAAGGCAUUCUGGUACUGGUACUCGAGUUCAGCCAAAGGCGCCUAUAGAACAUGCAUGACAUCUUAUACAAGGGAUAUCAGGGGUACUAUUCUCGGAAAGAAGGAGCAUCUCUUUAUUGUCUAUGAAGAUACUCCACCUGAGGACGACGAUCCCUUUUUUGAUCUACCAUUCAUUAAGAAGAAAGAAGAGGUCGAAUGCACACCAUAUCCUUUUGUGCCUCCUUACUAA